CCUCUGAAGUUGGGGGCGGGGAGGGAACGUUCCCAUUAAGAAGGAGGUGGCCCAACUUGCCCAGGAGGCUUCUUGGCUCUCGUUGCAGGGCUGCUGCUGGUGCACUUGCUUGAUCUAGCAAAAUGACUUCUAAACAAGAGGGACGGGUAGUGAUUGUUGGCAGUGGACUCAUUGGAUGCAGCUGGGCCAUGGUCUUUGCUUCUGCUGGUUUCCAAGUAAAACUUUAUGAUGUUGUGCAAGAACAGAUAACAAGAGCCCUGGAAAAAAUCAGGGUGCAGAUGAAAGAACUGGAGGAGAUAGGAAUGUUGAAAGGAACACUGAACACUGAGCAGCAGCUGUCUCUUAUUAGUGGCUGCACAGACUUAAAAGAGGCAGUAGAGGGCUCUGUUUACGUUCAGGAGUGCACACCUGAGAACUUAGAACUGAAAAAGAAGAUAUUUGGCCAGUUAGACCUUCUUGCCGAUAACAACGUUAUUCUAAGUAGCUCGACAUCCUGCCUUUUGCCUACAAAAUUGUUCACUGGACUGAAGCAUGUUAAACAGUGCAUCGUUGCACAUCCUGUAAACCCACCAUAUUACGUCCCUCUGGUAGAACUGGUUCCCCACCCAGAAACAGACCCUUGUACAUUGGAGAAAACUUACGCUUUGAUGAAGAAGAUUGGACAGUCUCCAGUUAGACUAACCAAAGAGAUUGAUGGUUUUGUUCUGAACCGGCUCCAGUAUGCAAUUAUUAGUGAAGCGUGGAGGCUUGCAAGUGUGCGAAUGCUCAAUUAUUGUGAGAGAUACCGUGAAGGAAUGAUACGUGUCUUAAAAAGCUUUGGGCCAAUACCAGAUUUUGCCGGAGCAGCAGAAGAGAAGAUCAAUACGGCAAUGUGUGAAGAGACUCCACCUGAUUCAGAGCACUUGAAUGCCAGGAGGCGCUGGCGAGACAACUGCCUGGUUCGCUUGGCAAAGCUGAAAAAGGAAAUAAAACACAAUGAUUCGCAUAAACAUUAAACCUCAGGAUGAGUUGCCAUCAGGCAUACAAGUGGGUGUACGCUUUCCGCAGGCAAAAUAUCUGCAUUGUGCAGAAAGAAAGGGUGAUGCAACACACAAAAGAUAAUUGCAGUUGCCAAAAGCCAGUUGAUCUGUACUGCUGUAGUCAGUUAAUUGCAAUUAAUCUGAACAUCAUCAGAAACCUGUUUCUGAAUAAUGUUUUAAAGGCACAUCCUUGAGCCUGCUGAAGGCAGGUGCACAGGUUUCAUUAGCACUAUAUAAGGGGUAUAGCUGGUUACACUGCAGUUUUCGAUACUUUGGAAUGACAGAUUGUUUGGAUUUUAAGUAGCUUCUUAUAUUUUAGAACACAAACUGUGCAUCAGCCACUAUGUAUCCCUAAUUGUACUGAUUUAUGUUUUCCUUUGGAUUUCUUCUUAGUAUUUUCAUCAUCUCGAAUGUUAACAGCAUUUAAUGCGUUCAUGAAUCUGACAAAGUGUAGUCCAGCUUGCAAAAACUUGAGCCAAAAGACUUUUUAAAGUUGCCAGAAAAAUCUUUUUAUUUUGGUCGAAGCAGACUUCCACAGGCGCUUGUCUAGAACCAAUAAAGUAAUGAUAAUAUUA